UCAAAGUCCCCGCAGAGCUCUCGCCACCCGCGCGCAGGACGAGUUUGCAGCUUCGCUCCCGCUCGCCGGCCUCGCUUCAUUUUUAAAAUCCCAGACCAACAUUGCAAAAAUGGCUGACAUCACCCAGAUAAUGGAAAAUGAAGUGUUCAUGGCCUUUGCCUCCUAUACAACGAUCGUCCUUUCAAAAAUGAUGUUCAUGAGUACUGCGACUGCAUUUUAUAGAAUGACAAAAAAGGUUUUUGCCAACCCAGAAGACUGUGCAAGCUUUGGCAAAGGAGAAAAUGCCAAGAAGUACCUUCGGACAGAUGACAGCGUGGAACGUGUACGAAGAGCUCACCUGAAUGAUCUUGAAAACAUCGUGCCAUUCCUUGGUGUUGGCCUUCUGUACUCCCUGAGUGGCCCAGAUCUGUCUACAGCCAUUCUCCACUUCCGACUCUUCGUGGGAGCCAGGAUCUACCACACAAUUUCGUAUUUGUUACCCCUCCCCCAGCCAAAUAGAGCUUUGGCUUUUUUUGUUGGAUAUGGAGUGACCCUUUCAAUGGCUUACAGUUUGCUGAAGAAUAAAUUGUACCUGUAAGGAGAAGCCUACAACUCAUGAACCAAUUAUUUUCUGACAAUUCUUUAUUUUCAAUUUAUAGUGAAUACUUUCUUAGAUUUUAAGUAAGGGGGAGCAGAGAAAUUAAGAACUGGGGAAAAUAUAUUUUGAAUAUUAAUAUCAUCAACAGCCUUUAUUCUUGUGCACUAGAAAUUUAAAAUGCUUCAGUCUUUUGUUAUAUACUGUGUUGUAAAUUUUUAUUAUGAUUUGUAACAUUCAUUUAGAAUUUCACAUUCUAAAUCUAUAAAAAGAAUGAUUUCAUGUAUUCCAAGCCUACAUUUCAAUAUUGGUGAAAUGGGUAUAUAAAUAAAGGAUCUAAAUAAUAAUUUUAUUUGGUUUU